GUUGGUCUUCUUUCCUUUGGGCACCCUUUCGAAAGCUGUAGGUGCAGGAAUUAGCAAGAAGAGAAGGAAGCAAGCAUGUCGAAGCCUGUUGCAGCAGCAAUGGUCCCCGUGGUGGCGCUGAUGAUGGUGCUGUGCGCGUGCACGAUGCCCGCGCGCGGCGGGGACGACUACACGGCGUUCGUGUACGCCGGGUGCUCGCAGGGGCGGUACGACCCCGGGUCGCAGUACGCCGCGGACGUGGACACGGCGCUGUCGUCCCUGGCGAACAGCGCCGGCUUCACCGCCUACGCCAACUACACCUCGCCGUCUCCGUCGGGCCUGGAGGGCGUGUACCAGUGCCGGUCCGACCUGCCCGCCGCGGUGUGCGGCGUCUGCGUGAAGUCGGCCGUGUCGAAGCUGGCCUCGCUCUGCAGCGCGGCGGCGGGCGCCGCGGUGCAGCUGCGCGCCUGCUUCGCGCGGUACGGGAACGACUCGUUCCUGGGGAAGCAGGACACGACGGUGCUGUUCAAGAAGUGCGGCGGCGGAGAUGGCGACGACGCGGGCGUGGCGGCCAUGCGCGACGCGGCGCUCGGCGCGCUCGUGGCCGCCGGCGGCGGCGGCGGCGACGGGGGCUCGUACCGCGCCGGCGCGGCGGGCUACGUGCAGGCCAUGUCGCAGUGCGUCGGCGACCUCGGCGCUAAGGCCUGCACCGACUGCGUCUCGGCCGCGGCCUCGCAGCUCAAGGCCGGCUGCGGCUACGCCUCCGCCGCCGAGGUGUACCUCGGCAAGUGCUACGCGCGCUUCUGGUCCAAUGCCGGCGGCGGAGGAGUGCCGGUCGGAGGUGGCGCCGGUACCGGUGGCGGCGGUGUGGGGGGAGGAGCUGCAGGCAAUGGAUACGCGUAUGGUGGAUUCGUUCCCAACACGUACGGGCAGCACGACGAGUCCGGGAAAACCCUGGCCAUCAUCAUCGGCCUGGUGGCGGCGGUGGCCAUUGUCAUCGUCUUCCUCUCCUUCCUCCGCAGGGCCGGCGCCGUCGGCGGCAAAAGCUAAGUGCGCGCGGGAUUGGUCACCACCAACGGACUGGAUCGGUCGGUGCAGGCUCUUUAUAAUUGGCUCGAAAACCGCUUUACGGUGCGAGCGAGCUGAAAGGCGGCUUUCCCUGUGCAGUCAUGUGAACCUGAAGAUUCCGUCCAGUACCAGCUACUCGUAGAGCCACGAUGUGAUAUACAUUUUCCGGCAAACAAAAAAAUAACAGAUUAUGUGGACUCUCUGCCCGUUAUUAUAUACUAUAUAUGUAUACUUAUAUAGAGAGUGUACUUAUUAUGGAGCAUGAGAUUCAGCAUAU